AUGACACCAAAAAGAACCAGUAAAGAUCCCAAUACACAACAGUCGAAGAAGUCUAUCAAAUCAAGGGCACCACCAUCCCGUUUAGCUAAAGAGGAUAUUGAUUACAUAAUAAUUGGUAUACAAAAGUGUAAUAAAAUAUGGAAGUCUGAGAACCCAUACUCAUAUGCAAAUUCAAUCGAAGACGUGAACUUACCUAACUGGUAUAUCAAUAAUAGUAAAUUUGAGAAGGUGAAUACAUCACCCAAACUAACACCUCAAAUAGAUAUACCCAAGAAACCUGAUAUCGUCAAACCUGAUCCCAUCGAAGUAAAGAAGAUGCGAAAACAAGGUGAAAUGGAACAAAUUACAAAAAAUAUUUUUAGAUCAGAAUUGAGUAAAUUAAUGCAAGCUGAUGACUAA